CAUUUCCCAACCCAAAUGUUUCCCCAGAAUUUACCUUUUCUGUUCUUCUUCUUCUUCUUCUUCUUCUUCCACAUUUCGGGUCUAUCCAACCCAGACCCGGCAACUAUCCAAUCAUUUUUGUCAAACCCAUCUCCCCUUGCAACCAUACCUGCAUUCCCAGAACAGUCCAAUGUUGAAGGCUGUCCGUUAGACCUACCGGAUGAACUCUUCCACGGCAUAAAAACUGCAUGUGGGAGUGGUGGAAAUAGACAGCUACACAAGAGCCGGUGCUGCCCUGUUCUGGCAGCGUGGCUGUACUCUGCAUACUCUGCCACCGCCCUUGGCAGGGCUGGCAGAGUAGCCCCAGCAGUGGCGGGUCAUACUUCCUCAUCAUAUCUGCCACUGCUUCCAGAUGACUCAGAGACGUGCGUUGAUGAUCUGGGUAAAGCCUUGAAAGAUAAAGGAAUAGAAUGGGUUAAACCAAAUGAGACUUGUGACGUGGUUUAUUGUUAUUGUGGGAUUAGAUUGCACCCACUGAGCUGUCCUGAGGCAUUUUCUACCAACCAACAGGGGAAGCUUGUUGGGGAUAAGAGGGUCAAGAGGUUAGAGAGGAAUUGCUUGAGUAGCAGCACUAAUGUGAAUCAAUUUCCCGGUCUUGGUGGGUGCUCCAAGUGCUUAAACAGCCUUUAUAGGCUUAACAACAAGAAGACUUUGAACUCAAGCAAAUCAGAGGACAGGACCACCAAAAUGCACAACAAAGAUUGCCAGUUGAUGGGUCUCACAUGGCUGCUCGCAAAGAAUCGAACAGCUUACAUUCACACAGUUUCUGCAGUUUUACGAGCUAUGAUGAUGAAUGCAGAUGGAUCUAAUCCUCAGUCCUGCACUAUCAAUAGUGAUGGUAUCCCCCUGGCUGUUGGUUCUUCUGAAAUUUCCAGCAAUUCUUUGUCAAUCUCCCAUCAAGCACCUAUCUAUGUAUCUGUUGUUGUUUUUGUAAUCUGUUUGUUUCAUUUGCUGCUCUUUGCAUCUUCCACCAAAUUUUAGAUUAUAGCUUUAACCUAGUGAAUUGUUGUUGUUGUUUUUGUGACACUAAUUUUUUUUCUUUUCUUUUC